AUGGCAGAGAGGAGCGGCCGCCUGAGCUUCCCCGGCGGCGGGGCUCCGAACCCCCCGCUGCCCAUGAACCUGUUCGCAACGUGGGAGGUGGACGGGUCCUCCCCGAACUGCGUCCCGAGGUUGUGCAGCCUGACUCUGAAGAAGCUGGUUGUUUUGAGGGAACUUGACAAAGAGAUGAUUUCUGUGGUCAUUGCAGUCAAGAUCCAGGGCUCUAAACGCAUUUUAAGGUCCCAUGAGAUUGUGCUGCCCCCCAGUGGCAUGGUGGAGACUGACCUGGCUCUUACCUUCUCACUACAGUACCCUCACUUCCUGAAACGAGAAGGGAACAAGCUGCAGAUACUGCUUCAGAGGAGGAAAAGGUACAAGAACCGGACCAUUUUAGGCUACAAGACUCUGGCUGUGGGGUCCAUCGAUAUGGCAGAGGUGAUGCAGCACCCAGCAGAAGGAGGUCAGGUUCUGCCUCUCUGCAGCAGCCAGAAGGAGCUGCUGGGCAAAGUGGCUGAGCUCUGGAUCUUCUCCCUCUGCAGCCAGCCCAUAGACCACGAGGAGGCCGCCUUGCAGGCAGGACAGAAGACCAAAUGUUCUGAUUACUCUGAGGAAGAGGAUGAGAGCUUCUCCUCGGAGCAGGAGGUCAGCGAUGACGCCGUGCAGGGACCGGAUCUUGAAUUUGAUGAUUUUGACGUGAGAAAACCAAAGAAGCAAAGGAGAUCCAUCGUGAGGACUCCCUCCAUCACCCGGCAGCAGAACUUUAAGCAGCGAGUCGUGGCGCUCCUGAGACGCUUCAGAGUCUCAGAUGAGGUGCUGGACUCGGAGCGGGACCCGGCAGAGCCGCCUCCUGAGGUGGAGGAGGAAGAUCUGGACCUGGACUCUGUGGAGUUUGAGAACCCCAGUGACAGUGGUCCAGAACUGGAUGAUGACGACAGCGUCCUCAGCACGCCAAAACCCAAACUCAAGCCAUAUUUUGAGGGACUGUCUCUGUCCAGCUCUCAGACUGAGAUUGGCAGCAUCCACAGCAGUCGGAGUCACAAAGAACCCCCCAGCCCGAUUGAUCUGGAUAAAACCAGGUGUGGAGGCUCCAGGUGUGCAGAGGAUGCUGCGUCGGAUAAUAUCACCUUUGAACAGCCCGAAGCCGUGACUCCCACCACCGAGCUGGAGAUGGACACCAUGGACACGUUUCUAGAGAGGCUGCCACUGAGUGGUAAAAUGACUAAGACUGAAUCCCUCAUCAUUUCAUCCAACAGGCAGGAACCAAAGCUGGCGGGGAGACGAGGCAGGAGCACGUCCCUGAAGGAGCGCCAGCCCAGCAGGCCCCAGAGCGAGCGCGCCAACAGCCUGGACAACGAGCGGUCUCUGGACACAAGCUGCCACCUACAGAUCCCCAGAAAAACAGUGUACGACCAACUGAACCACAUCCUAGUGUCUGAUAACCACCUCCCUGACAGCAUCGUCCUCAUCAACACGUCCGACUGGCAGGGUCAGUAUCUUUCAGACUUGCUCCUGAACCACCACCUGCCCGUGGUGUGCACCUGCACCAGCGCCGACAUCCAGGCGGCGUUCAACACCAUCGUGUCUCGGAUCCAGAGAUUCUGCAACUGUAACUCCCAGACGCCCGUUCCUAUAAAGAUCGUGGUGGCAGGGGCGCAGCACUACCUCAAUACAGUUCUGAGACUGUUUGUAGACCACCUCUCCCCAAAGACCCCAGACUGGCUCAGCUACAUGAGGUUCCUUAUCAUCCCACUGGGUGCACAUCCGGUCUCCAAAUACCUCGGCACUAUUGACCAUCGAUACAACGGUUUGUUCCAGGACGCUGCCUGGAGGGAUUUCUUCCAUCGACUGGAGGCUCCUGUUGUUGCCCAGGAGGGUCCAGAUGUGGUGUCGAGGGUGAAGCAGUACAUGGAGGGAGCUAACGGGGCUCACCAGCUGCACAUCGCGGAGGCCAUGCUCACCUACAAACAGAAGAGCCCCAACGAGGACUCGUGUCAGAAGUUUAUACCAUUCAUCGGGAUGGUGAAGGUCGGCUUCGUGGAGCAAAGCUCUGCAGCAUCAGGAGACUCUGAUGAUGCUGCUCCUCUGGGCUCCUCUUUCCUCUCCUCCACUCCUCCUCAAGUCUCACCUGCACUAAAGGAGGCUUCACCAACGCCUCCCCCCUCCCCCUCAACCAACACCAGCCUCUGUGACUACAGCUCUGGGAGUCAGUCUGCAGAGCUGAUGGGUCUCCAGGUGGACUACUGGGUGGCUCCAGCAGAGAAGAAGAAAGACAUGGAGAAGAGAGACUUCUCCUCCAAAAACACGCUGAAGUGCAAUUUCCGCUCGCUGCAGGUCAGCCGGCUGCCUCUGUGGGGCUCAGAGCCCGGCCCCCAGCCCACAAUGUCCAUGAUUGUGGUGACCAAGGAGAAGAAUAAGAAGGUCAUGUUUCUGCCAAAAAAGAGCAAGGACAAGGAUCUGGAGUCCAAGAGUCAAGUGAUCGAAGGCAUCAGUCGCCUCAUCUGCACUGCCAAGCACCAGCAGACCAUGCUGAGAGUUCUCAUCGACGGCGUUGAGUGGAACGAUGUCAAGUUCUUCCAGUUAGCAGCUCAGUGGUCUUCACACGUCAAACAGUUUCCUAUCGGGAUCUUUGGACACACAAAAGGUCCGUACUAG